GUCUCCUAGAUCGUCCUCCUCCCCUCCUCGACAAGAUCACACAUCGUCUGCCUAGGGGAGACAACUCGUCUCCUCUUUCGGGCCUGUUUUCGUAAGACCUUGAGAAGCCUCGCUCGCAGCGUCCUCAUCUCGGCGGUCACCGCUCAUUUGCUGUAUUCCCUGGCCUAUUCGACGGGGCAGCAGCGGGUAGCGCUAGGUUGUGAAUUGGGAGCCCACGAGCGGCGGCAGGAAUAGCAUACUGGCAACGUGCCUUACGGCUGGAAUCAGGAAGGCUGACAGCAUCGAUUCUCAGAGGCUCGACGAUCGUAGCGAGCCGUACCCUUCGCUUCCCGUCGUCGCAGUCAGCCGCUGAACCCGCGGCAGUGGUUAUUCUCCGACUCUGGACGCUGGCUCUCACUGACUAUCAGAGACUGUCUGGAUCGUCCGCUUCCUGUCAGGAUGUCUUUAGGUGUGGACUCUGGCUACAACUCGCUCAGGACCGAGAACAGACCGCCUAGAUUCCAACUCGAGGCUACUGCGGACGCCACCAAUGUCAGUCUGGACUUUGCUCGAUUUCGGCACAGGACGCAUUGGAACGAGAGGAAGACCACAACGCUGGAUGGAGCCGACAUCGCUUCUGGGGUCUUGCUGUCUUCACUAGGAACUGGUACUCUCACCGCGCACAAUCCCUCGGGUCUCGGCUCCUCUCUGCUCUUGGCCACCCCCUCCUUCCGCUCUAUGCAGGUCAAAUCUACCAACGCCCCUCUACCAAAGGCGUCCUCUACCCUCCUUUUCGAAUCACAUUCAUUAGUACCUGGCCCAUCGCUACUCUCCAACACUCCUUCAUUUCUCGGCCUCAAAGGCAUGGGCUCCCUUCCUUUGGGAGAGGCUCUCACGGCAUCUCCGGAGCGUUUACGGCGUGAGCCCAGGUCCUCCUCAGACUCGAUGCGCAGCCCGACCACGAAUCGUAACGUAACCGUGCAACGUCUCGCACUAGACCUUCCGCUCUCUCGCAGCAGCUCGCUCUCCGUCUUUUUACACGCACUAGAGGACGCCGCCCCCGGCUGGUAUCAGUCUCUGAUGGACAGCGCUACUCCUCAGGAGUCGGAUUCUCCAUCUGCCAACUCUAUCCCUACGCGAACUCAGCGCAGCGACGUAGGAAGCGCAUCUUCGUGCCACGGCCUUCCUCUCGAUAUGCUGGCCUCUUUGGACGCGCUGGAAGCCCUCGUGACAGAAAUGCAGAGGCUGCCGGAUCCGCGGCCGAAGCCGAAGCCAUUUCAGGACAUCGACGACGAGGCUGCCUUCUUCAGCUCGAGGAGGACGCGAGAGUCGACGGUGAGACCCUUGAAGGCGCAGCUGGUGUCGCCCCCCUUGACUCCCACCCAAGACGAGCAGGGACGGCAACCCUCCUUCCCACGUCCCGCGUCUCCACCGCGACGACGACGCAGAGAGACCACCGCAGGCACAUCGCGGGGCGACGAGACCCCUCGCGCCUCCUCAGUGUCCUCCGCGCGCGACCCGAGGGCUUCCAUGCCUCCCAUCCCGACGUCGAACGGGGUCGCGGUGUGUAAUAUCGCGAACCACCCGAAGUUGACGCGGACGCUUGGCUUAAGCGCGCUCCCGCCUAGCCGGCUCCCUACACCCAGCACCCCACGACGUCGCACUGCGACCGCGACCGCGCACCCACCACCACCACCACUCAUCCCAUACGAACUCGUCCCGCCCACCCUCAACAAGAAAGCGUCUUCGAAGAGCCUCAAAGCGCCGAAGACCCCGAAGACGCCGGGGGCGUUGAAAUCCAUCUUCCGCGGGCGUGCCUCCGCGCCGCCCGUCCCGCCUCUCUCGUUCGCGCCGCCGGACUACGACGAAGCAGAGAGUCCCGCGCGCAAGCCACCGCCGCUCGUAUACCGGUUCUCAGAGGCGGGCCCGCUGCGGCGCGAGGACCGGCGGAUUGACGGCGCGCGGCGGCACUUCAGCACGCCCGCCGACGCGGACUCGUUCCUAGUAAUGUGA